UUAUUUUCCCCAAUAGGAAGAUGGUAUUCUACUUUACGCUCUUUUCCAACUCCUCAGUGUUGUGCUACAUGGGUCGCGACAAGUACGAGAACGAGGAGUUAAUCGCUCACGGCUGGCCGGAGGACAUUUGGUUCCACGUAGACAACCACAGUAGCGCCCACGUCUAUGUGCGCAUGCCGAAGGGCAAAACGAUGGACGACCUCAGCCUCGAAAUGAUCGAGGAGUGCUGCCAGCUCACAAAGGCCAAUAGUAUCGAGGGGUGUAAGCUGAACAAUAUCCGGAUUGUCUACACGCCUUGGGCCAACCUGGUAAAGACGGGAUCGAUGGCAGUGGGUCAGGUAGGCUUUGCUGACGAAAAGCAGCGGCGUUACCACACUGUCGUGAAGAAGGACACAGUGACUUUGAAACGGCUUGAAAAAACCCGGAUUGAAAAGGACUCGGUCGACUUCAAGGCCCUUCGAGAGGAAAGGGAUGCGGAGGAGGUUCGUGAAGGACGUGAGGUAGCCCACGCGAAGCGAGUGAAGGAAAAGGAAGAAAGAGAGGAAAAUCGACGCCAGGAGGAGCUCCGCACCUAUGCGAGUGUCAUGGACGAGCGCCUAAUGCGGACAAAUCGCGGAGAAGUACCCGAUGAGGAUGACUUUAUGUAAAGGUCCCACUAACAAGGGGAAGUAGCCUGAGUAGGAACAAUCUAGCACCAAUUACAAUAUAAACUCUUUUGGCCUCAUAUAAUUGUUGGGUGUUUUAUGGUUAAUGCCAACUCGCAUGCUUGACAUGGCUUCCUGUUUGGUAUGAGGAAUAAGCCUUACAACCAAGAUCUAAUGCAUUAACGUGAUUCAAUUUUUUUCCACCCAUCUUUUCGUGCUCACUGUGCUGCAUUACGCUAUUAAAUGUUUUUACUUGUCAUUUUCUUUAUUCCGCAUCCCGUGCUUAAAGUUGAAGUGAGAAUUCUGCUAUUAGAUUCAAAGUUCCUUUCUACAACUAGGCCCGCGACAGGGAGAAUACCCGUACUUCAAUAUCAACAAUGUGGUAGAUUACAUUUUAGACGAUCAGCUUUCCAACGUCACCAUCGACGGCGAGAUGACAUUCAGUGAGCCAUUUACCCAUUGCAUCGAAAAACUUCUUCACAUGCGGGAGCGCGCGGCAUGUUAUCUGAAAGCUACCAAUACGAGUAUUCAGACAAGGUACAGAAGAUAAGCGGUAUCUACGAGAAUGCGUAGCUGAUGAUGGUUAUUUGUCACCGAAGUGCUGAACCAAUUGUAACGCACCGAAAGCACCGUAAACUACCAGCAUCUGAGGGGACAAAAUCGACCACUGAUGAAAGAUUGUAACCGUUGAAAUACAAUUAUAAUAA